GGUGGGCUUCAAUGAAGGCUCUGUCUCCGUCUGAACGUCAUCUUGUACCGGUUUUGUGGUGUAGAGUGGCCCAUGCAAAUUGAAUCAACUCAUGAAUAAAGGCUACAGGACUAAAGAAUAGAGCCUAUACAAAUGGUCUUUCAGGAUCAGUAAAGUAUCCAUUCAUCUCUCACUUGCGUCUGUCGACUUUCACUACGUUUGUGUCGAAUCCGGCGAUCCGGAUGUAACUCUACGUCCAUGAACGUAACCCAUUGGAAAGGUACCAUGGCAGCCACCAAAGCCUCCAAGGAACAAAAAUACGACCGGCAGCUCAGACUGUGGGGUGACCAUGGUCAGGAAGCACUGGAAAAUGCACAUGUAUGUCUCAUCAACGCCACAGCAACAGGAACAGAGAUACUGAAGAACCUUGUGCUUCCAGGAAUUGGAGCAUUCACCAUAGUUGAUGGACACACGGUGUCGGGAGAAGAUGCAGGAAACAAUUUUUUCCUGAGCAACAGCAGCAUUGGAAAGAACAGAGCGCAGGCUACCACCGAACUCCUGCAAGAACUGAACAGUGACGUAUCAGGAAACUUUGUCGAGGAGAGUCCAGACAAGCUACUGGACAACGAUCCAGAGUUUUUCCACAGGUUUACCAUUGUAAUUGGUGUCCAGUUGCCAGAAAGCACGUGUUUGCGGCUCGGCUCGGUUCUUUGGAAUGCCUCUGUACCUUUCCUCAUCUGUAAAACAUAUGGCCUCAUAGGCUACAUGCGACUUGUGGUUCAAGAGCACACAGUGAUUGAAUCUCAUCCGGACAACGCUCUGGAGGACCUUAGAUUAGAUCAGCCUUUUGAAGAAUUUAAGAACCACCUUGAGUUGUACGACCUUGACGGCAUGGAAAAAAAGGAUCACAGUCACACACCGUGGAUAAUCAUUGUUGCUAAACAAUUGGAGAAAUGGCUCAAUGAGCACAACUGUCAGCCACCAAAGAAUUACAAGGAGAAAGAGGCCUUCAGACAAUUUAUUCGGGAAGGGAUCAUGAAGAAUGAGACUGGUGCCCCAGAAGAUGAGGAAAACUUUGAGGAGGCUAUAAAGAAUGUGAAUACUGCUUUAAACCCAACCAAGAUUCCAGGCGCUGUUGAGGACCUCUUCAAUAGUGAGCAGUGUGACAACAUCACAGCACAGAGCUCCCCGUUCUGGGUGAUGAUGCGAGCUGUGAAGGAGUUUGUUCACAGUGAUGGCAACGGAAGCCUCCCUUUGAGAGGAACCAUCCCAGAUAUGAUCGCAGACUCUCAGAAGUUCAUCAGCCUUCAAAAUGUUUACAGGGAAAAGGCCAUGCAGGAUGCAGCAGCUGUUACCAAGCACAUAGAAUGUCUCCUGCAGUCAAUUGGAAAGCCAGCAGAGAGCAUCUCAGAGAAGGACAUCAAGUUAUUCUGUAAGAAUGCGUCCUUCCUGCGGGUGGUGCGCUGCAGGUCACUGGCAGACGAAUAUAAUGUGGAUUCUGUAAAUAAAGAUGAAAUCACUUCAUGUAUGGACAAUCCAGACAGCGAGAUGGUCUUCUACCUCAUGCUUCGUGCUGUUGAUCGCUUCUACCAGCAGCACUCCCGCUACCCAGGAGUGUACAAUUACCAGGUGGAAGAGGACAUCGGCAAACUGAAACUGUGCGUGAACUGCCUGCUGCAGGAGUACAGCCUCAGUGUCAGCAUCAAAGAUGAUUACGUCCACGAGUUCUGUCGCUAUGGUGCAGCAGAGCCACACACAGUCUCCGCAUUUUUAGGAGGAUCUGCUGCCCAGGAGGCCAUCAAGAUCAUCAGCCACCAGUUUGUGCCCUUCAACAACACCUUUAUUUAUAAUGCAAUGCUGCAGACCUCUGCAACGUUUCAGUUGUGAAUUCCGUCAGCGCACCUCUGCUUGCCAACCGAUAAAUCUGAGAAAACGAUGAAAAGCAGGAACAGACUUUCGUAAAUCUGGCUGUAAAUAACACUUGUGGGUUUGAUAAACAUACACGCUCAAACUCAGAAGAACUCCACCUGAGGAUUUAUUCAGGACAUGAGUAAACUAUGGGACUUCUUAACCUCUUUUUCCUUCUUUUUUCUUUUUUUUUGCUGUUGUUCAAAACAAAUCUGCAAACACUCUCAUUUCAUAGUUUCAUCUGUGAUGAUGCAUUGUAACGUGGUGGCACUUUGCACACAUUUUCUUCAAGCUGUCUGUUAUUGUGUUUGGAGCUUUGUGAAAGCAUGACAUGUUUAGCUGCCCCCUGUUGAUAUAAAGGAUUAAACAAUGAAAAUCUGCUUAUUUGCGUGUAAAAACAAGCACAUUUCAAGGUUAAGCUGACAUUCCAGUUUUUCUGUUUGCUGGUGAGACUUAAGACAUCCGAAACAAUCGCACAACUGUCUUUAUUAUUCAAACUAAUGCCAUAUUGUUGCUAAUAUUGAAGCCUAAAGAGCAUCCGUUCUCACCCACAUCCUAGUCUGCACAAUGGCUGCCCAAUGUAUCCUGCCAAAAUAUGGUCACUAUGACUUGUUUUACUCGUCUUGACAUUUAUCAACACGGCGGUACAGUUAUCUAACCUAAAUAAAGGUUCUGUAACAAACAUGUGAUUUGCUCGGGAGGCUUGCGGUGUGACUUGCCCCUGAACAGAAUCCACGUGACCCAACA